CUAUCUCGACGAACGCAGGUUCGAAUCACGGAGUCCGAGGAAUUGCUUGUGAGAGAUUGAAGAUUGUGCUUGAAGAAAAAAAGGAAAGGAGAUCAAAAUGGCGAAAAGAUACGCAUUGGACGACCUAUCCAGCCUGGACAAGAAAAUCGACGCCAGGGCGCACGAUCUGUUUAAAGAGAAGAAGGGGCACGCCGGGCUACAAGUCACGCGGGUUUUCAGACGGAAAAGCUCCAAGGGAGUUGGAGAGAAGAAUUGUUUCGUAAAGAAUCUAGAUGUGUGCGACUCAUCGCAAGUGGAGGGGAUGCGUGAAAACAACCAAGAUGAUAUGCAGCUCUACACCAUCCGACAAGACCGCUCGUGGACAACGUUGAAUAUAUCGCGUGACUUGUUCCAAUGCUUCACGGCGGCGCAUGGUAUCAUGGCUCCGUUCUGGAAGCAUGUUUUUACGUUUGGGCGGAAGAGUGAGGAGAAUGAGUUUCAGUUUCCGCAGUUCUGUCGGCGGCGGAGAACGGAUUCUGGGGUGAAAGUGCAUGAGUAUGCGUAUAUGUUGCGUCGAGUAGAGUUGAAUGGGCGGGCCCAUACCGAGGAUGAUAACCCGUGGUCUAUUCGACAGACUGCUGUUUAUCACCGGCUCUCGGCGCCCAAAACUCAAUCGCUCAAAUCAACUUUCUUGCUCAUUGCUCCGUCUGAGAACGUCGAGGAUCAGUUCGGGAGAUGUUUGAGUCAGAGCAAUGCUGAGGAUGGGAUGGCAUUGAGUCCAUGGAACGUGCAUCGGAUUCUCGUAGCUGAUAGCUUGAGGGGGUGGAUGGAUUAUAUGGCCUAUUUGGAGAAGGGAUUAAAGGAACAGUCGGAUCACAUAGUCCUCGCCUCAGUAGGGGACGACAAAGUCAAUUUGUCUCCGUUGACAGACUUCGUCAUCAAUUUCGACAACCGUCAACAGCUGAAGAUAAUCGAGGAUCAGGUUCUUGAUCUUCAAGUCAUUCUUCCGGGGAUGCUGGACGCUGUUGAGCAAUUGCUGAGAGAGUUUUCGAGCUUCCAGACUGAGGAGGAUGGAGAGUUGAAUGCUAUUGUGGGAGAGUUUGAGGAGUAUGUUAGGGAGGUGAAGAUGCUGGUUGAGAGAUCGAAGGCUUUGAAUGAUAUGGCCAGGUCGACUGCUAGACUGUUAUCUGACCUCCUCAGCUAUGAAGAAGCAGUCUCACUCAAAAAGUUGAGCAUCGAAACACAAAUAGAAAGCAAGUCAAUGUGUCACUUAGCAGAAAAAAGCACCAAAGACGCAGCAGCAGUCAAAAUCCUAACAGUAAUAACACUAAUCUACCUCCCCACCACCAUCGUAGCCAACUUCUUCUCCACCCAAUUUGUCCAAACAACCGACGGCCACAUGAAUGUCGCCCCCAACGUUUGGCUCCUAGCCGCCAUCGCCGUCCCAUUAACACUCCUCACCAUCCUCCUCUGGUGGACCUGGGUACAUUUCACCGAAGUGAAACCCAUGUUUAACCCAUUGCAACCCGGGACCGUGACAUUACAGCGACAGCAUAGUUUCAGAUCUAUGGUGUCGUCUAAGAAGAGUAGGCAGAAACAGGGGGAUUUGGAGAUGGGGAUGAGUUUUCAGGUGCCGCCGAUGCUGCCGGUGAGGGGAUCGCCGACUUCGACGUGGAAUUCGCAGGCGAGUACUGUGAAGAUUGGGUAGAUUAAAUUGUGCUGUAUAUUUCCUCUGCUUCCGAAUUAUGUGCCCGAGUUGUGAGAAUGAAACUUUGUCGCCCGUGUGAACGAGAAACUGUACGACGAAAAUAUGCAGGCACUCGCCCAGGCUCUCGGUCGGCGUUUCGCUCCACUGGAAGAAAGCCUGAGUUGUGUGCCCUGGAAAUGCACUAAUCACUAAUCACCCACACCAAUUCCCACCCCGG